AUGUCGCACAACGACACUGACAUCGAUUCAACGGCCAAUUCAGCACCGGAUCUUCAGAUCUUGGGCGAUGAAGUCACAUUACAGCCCAGUGGCUUUGUUGAGCCGUCCAAGAAAAUCCCCGAAGGCAAGGAGGAGGCUUUGAUGGACAAGUUUGCCUCAUUCCGUUCUGAGCCUCUCCAAUUUCUCCGUGAAGUGUCUCUCUACGUGUCUGGUCAGGGAUGGCGUGCCUACGACAAUGUUAUCGGUCAACCAGUCUUUUACUCCGGAUUCUCAGAGAACAUGAAGAACAUGGUUCUCUCAGCCCCUCUUCUUCAGCAAAGGAUCAGUCAGCUAGCCGAGCAUCGCGUGGCUAUUGAAGAACGUGAUGGUCUGCUGCCGAAAGAUAGUAAAGACUAUGGCGCUAAGCGUUCUCAACGGCUCAACGAGAUUGAGUCGGGACUUCAACAACUGGCCGACAAAUGGACAGAAGAUAUGAUUUGCAAGAUGGAAAGCAAAGCUUUUAUCCGGGGCGCUUAUUACUUAGCUACUCAGCUCCUGACACGCGCUUACCAUCAAGGCAUCCAUGUCUCCAGCGAAGAAGUCCUGCGGUUACGAAAGGUAGCUGAGGUGGCUGCCCAAAAGAAGCAGAGCAUCAUCUUUUUACCAAGCCAUCGUUCGCACGUCGAUUACGUCUCUCUGCAGCUCAUUUGCUACCGUCUAGGCCUUACACUACCGGUCGUAGUCGCGGGAGACAAUUUGAAUAUCCCUGUCUUGGGCGAAUUUCUACAACACGCUGGAGCCAUGUGGAUCCGAAGGGCAUUCGGUGACGAUGUCUUGUACACUACAUUGGUCCAGUCAUACAUCGAUACACUUCUCCAAGAAGGCUACAAUUUCGAGUGCUUCAUCGAAGGAGGUCGCUCGCGCACAGGGAAGCUAUUACCACCAAAAUUCGGCAUCCUCAGCUUCGUCCUUGAUAGUAUCUUAUCAGGUCGGGUUCAAGACGCCAUCAUUUGCCCUGUCAGUACACAGUACGACAAGGUUAUAGAGACAGAAGGUUAUGUCACAGAACUGCUUGGCAUGCCUAAGAAGAAGGAAAAUCUGGCAGACUUCUUAAGCGGGGGGUCGUCCGUUCUAUCCUUGCGUCUAGGUCGCGUUGAUGUUAGGUUUCACGAACCGUGGAGUUUACGAGGAUUUCUGGACGACCAGCUGUCAAAGCUUCCAAGCAUUCCUCGCGGGCUUGACACCGAUCACCAGCGCCCCGAAGUCCGAGCAGUACGCGAGAAGCUUUUGCGGACAAUGGGGUAUCAAGUGCUAAGCGACAUUAAUGAUGUGUCUGUUGUGAUGCCAACAGCUUUGAUAGGCACCGUUCUUCUGACAUUACGUGGUCGUGGAGUUGGUAAAGAAGAGUUGAAGCGUCGAGUUACAUGGCUCACAGAACGUGUGCGUGCAAAAGGUGGGCGCGUGGCACAUUUUGGAAACGCACCUCUAACCGAAAUCAUCGAGCGCGGCCUUGAAGUGCUUGGCAAAGAUCUUAUUGGUAUGAUCGAUGGUCUUGCCGAGCCAACUUAUUAUGCCGUUGACCGCUUUCAACUAUCCUUCUACCGCAACAUGACGAUUCAUCUCUUCAUUUAUGAAGCACUUGUCAGUGCUGCGAUGUACUCGCGAGUAAAGAGAGGCGGCGGCCCACAGAUGCAAGACAUGUCAUUCGAUGAGCUGAGGGAGCAGGUGUUCUUUCUCUCAUCUUUGUUCCGUGGCGAGUUUAUCUUCUCUAGCGAGGGUCUUGAUACAAACCUGGACAGGACUUUGCGAGGUCUGGAAGCAGACAAUGUCAUCAGAGUUGAUCGCGAUGCUGAAGGCAACGUUACCAUGGUUGGUCUUGCAGAGCAGGAAAGGAAAGCUGGUCGUGAAAACUACGAUUUCUACUGCUUUUUGAUCUGGCCUUUUGUCGAGGCAACUUGGCUGGCGGCUGUCUCUCUUAUGGGGCUCACUCCUCCUUUGGGACAGAAUGAGGAUACGUGGAUUGAGCAAAGCAAGACACACAACAGUGCCCAAUUGCUCGGCAAAACACUCUACCACCAGGGUGACCUCUCGUACUUUGAGGCUGUUAAUAAGGAAACUUUGAAGAACUCGUAUAUGCGUUUCGAGCAAGACCAACUACUUCACGUUGUAAAAUCCAAGGACUCCAAAAUCCCUCCACGUGUCCAGCUUGACAUCUCCUGGCGUACACCGCGUGAUCCAAAGACAGGCGCUCUACUUGCUGAAGGCAAAUUAUGGGACUUUACCGAGAAGAUUGCUAAGUCGCGGCGUGAAGGCAAGAAUCGCCGCGAUGGUGCCACAGUCAGUGGCCGCGUGCUUCGGCUUACGGACGAAUUGGGUCGCAAGCUUUGGGAGGAAACUGUUGAAGGUGAAAGAAGCGGAAAAGGCAAAGUGCCCAGCACACUAAGUAACGAGGAAAAGGAGGCUUUCGGUAAGAGUGUACGAGAAGGAAAGAAGAAGAGAGAGGAGAGGGCACGGGCUCAUCUCUGA